ACGGGACAUUUGUUUGCAGACAAGUGAAAGUAAUUCAGUGAUAUUUAAAAUAAAAUGUCAAAUUAUUCGCACAAAAUAUAACUAGAUUGGUAAAAUUUAUUCGAAAUUUAAAUUAUGAAUGAAAUACAUUGCAAUUGAUAGUUUUAUGUGACUGUUGAGAAAAAAACUUCCUACUCGAAGUAUGCGUAUAAAAUGAAAAAUCAAUUUUUGUGGGCAAUUUUUACAGAAUAAUACAACAAGAGUAUAUUGGCACGAAAAGUGAUCUUUAAAGCCCAGUAAAGUUAUCAGUGAGUCAUUAAUUAUUCCAUUAAAUCUCGAAAUUACGAAGGAAAAUCAUUGCAAAGACUUGUUGCUUACGAAUUUGGACAACAAACUGUAGGCAUCAAACGCAACGCUGGGAAAAAUUAUGAACCUGUGUUCCUCUGCCGGCGCUACAGCAUCAUCAUCCUCUUUGGCAUCGGAAGACGCAGCAGCAGUGGAAAGUACGAACGUUGGUGGGAAAAACGGUAGUGGUGGUGUAUUGACCACACAUUGUUUUGGAAGCAGCAAUAGCAGCAGUAGCUGCGCCGCAGCUUUAACGACGAACCUUUCAAAUAAUCCAACACACAGUGGCAGCGGUGCCAGCGGUAGUAAUUUUGGAAAUAACAACGAAAUGCCACCGGAAACACGUCCGAAGAUGGUAACGGUGAAACACCCGGAAUCUAAUAAACCCAAGCCAACUACAAAGAAAAGUAAACCAAUACAAGCUGAUCAGGACGUUGUUAAAGCUCUUCAGCGUUGUCGGGAAGAAGGUAUAAAACGCUUGGAUCUAAGCAAGUCCUCCGUCACAGUUAUACCAACUUCAGUAAGAGACUGCGUUCAUCUUACGGAACUUUAUUUAUACAGCAACAAGAUUAGUCAACUGCCGACUGAAAUAGGGUGUCUCGUGCAUUUAAAGACACUUGCUUUAAACGAAAACUCGCUAACUUCUUUACCAGAGUCGUUACAAAAUUGUAGGCAGCUUAAAGUACUUGAUUUAAGACACAAUAAGCUUGCGGAAAUUCCUUCGGUGAUUUAUCGGCUGCGUUCUCUUACCACGCUCUACUUGCGUUUUAAUCGCAUUAUCGCUGUGGCUGCCGAUAUACGCAAUUUAACUAAUUUGACUAUGUUGAGUCUGCGUGAAAAUAAAAUUCGAGAAUUGGGUUCCUCCAUCGGUGCAUUGGUAAACUUAACAACACUGGAUGUCUCACACAACCACUUGGAACAUUUGCCCGAAGAAAUAGGUAAAUGUGUAACUUUGAGUGCACUUGAUUUGCAGCACAACGAACUAUUGGACAUACCGGAAACCAUUGGCAACUUGAAGAGCUUAGUACGAUUAGGCUUGAGAUACAAUCGACUAUCAAGUAUUCCGGCAUCGCUGAAAAAUUGCAAAUUCAUGGAUGAAUUUAAUGUUGAGGGCAAUGGUAUAACGCAAUUACCAGAUGGUCUUUUAGCUAGUCUUAGUGCACUUACAAAUAUUACACUAUCACGCAACUCUUUUACCAGUUACCCAACUGGUGGGCCUGCUCAAUUUACCAACGUCUAUAGCAUUAAUCUGGAACAUAAUCGUAUCGACAAAAUACCAUAUGGAAUAUUUUCACGAGCUAAAGGCCUCACAAAACUCAAUAUGAAAGAAAAUGUGCUUACUGCUUUACCGCUCGAUGUAGGAACUUGGAUUAAUAUGGUCGAAUUGAAUUUGGCCACAAAUGCUUUACAAAAAUUACCGGAUGACAUAAUGAAUCUGCAGAAUCUAGAAAUUUUGGUACUAUCCAACAACAUGCUCAAAAAGAUUCCUAGUACCAUAGGUAAUCUGCGCAAACUGCGUAUUCUCGACCUAGAAGAGAAUCGCAUUGAAGUGCUGCCCAACGAAAUCGGUUUAUUACACGAAUUACAAAAAUUAAUUUUGCAAACAAAUCAGAUCUCUAUACUGCCACGCAGUAUUGGUCAUCUCAGCAAUCUGACGCAUUUGUCAGUUAGCGAAAAUAAUUUACAGUACCUGCCAGAAGAGAUUGGCUCGCUGGAGAAUCUGGAAAAUCUUUAUAUCAAUCAAAAUCCAUGUUUGGAAAAGUUACCUUACGAGCUGGCACUUUGUCAAAAUUUGAAAUACCUAAACAUUGACAAAUGUCCUUUGAGCACAAUACCACCUGAAAUACAAGCUGGCGGCCCAUCUCUAGUACUCCAAUGGUUGAAAAUGCAUUCGCCAUAUAGGCAGAUGUGAGUUAGCGGUUUGGGAUAUGUCAGUGAUGGUGGGAGUACACAAUGGCGUACAUUUUAUACAAGUAACGAUUGCUAUUUGGAAUUUCAGUUGGAGGCAGAGGCGGAUACGCAGCGACGCUAACAACGUCGUGCUUGGAAAUGCACUAUCAUUUGAGAUUAUUACUUACAAAUAUUGGAUGGUGCAUCUCCGAAAAUUGUUGCCAUCGCUAAGUUAAUGAAUAAUAAGAAUAUAAAAAUAAUAACAACAUAACAAUACCAAUUAUUAUUAAUUAUAAAUAAUAAUUUCUUUAAAACGAAACUUAAAAACGACGAAUAUGUCGAGUGGAGUCUUGCAACUACUACGCGCAACUCACUCGCAGUAAUUAUGAAAACGAAUUGUAAACAAUAUUUUCUGUUGUAAAAAUUGUGUGAUGGUGAAACAAAAUAUAGCUUUAAAAAUGCUUCAGAAAUUGAUUGUUUAGUGGAUUGUGUAGUUGUAAACAAAUAUAAACUAUUUGUGUAACUUCUAACGAAUCAACAACUUUAAUUUAAAACAAAUAAAGUUCUAUAAAUUCAUAUAUAAAUCAGAAAAACGAAAUAAUGUUAUACAUACAUACAUAUGCUUGUGAAUGUUAUAUUAUAUAAAAUGUGUUAUGUUUAUUAAGGACGCAAAAAAUUACUGCCUAAAUUAUGUUACACAUUGCAAUGAAAGGAAGCGAGGAAAAAAUUGGCAAAAUGUAUACUUUUCUGGUGUGUUGAAACAUGAAUUUGUGUUUGGAAAUUUUAUUUUUAAUGAGUGUAUUUAAAGGGAGUGAUCCCAAAAAAAAGUUAAAUUUUUUUUAAGAAAGCAAGUGUGAGUUACACAUGCAUUUAUUUCAACGAACAAGUACUAUAGCUAUAGCUGUUAUGCAGUCAAAUUUAUGCAUAUAAUAUGCAUACAAAAUUGAAAUAAAACAUUUAAAUGUGUAUAAUUAAAAAUGUAUUGAUGUGUGUUGUGUUCUGUACCACAAGUAUUUUAUAUACAUAAUAAAGAUUUAAUUUGAAUCAAAUUAGCCAAUUCUAUUGCUGUAAUUGAAAGUAACUACUUCUGAUCUCGCUACCUAAAAUACCAAUGUUAUUUGCAAGCAAAUGUGAAAUCCAUCGAGUUAUAUCUGUACUUGCGGGAUCGGGAACGGUAUUUUUCAGCAAAACUUUAUGUUCAGGUGUAAUAUUUUUUAUGUAUCACUUAAUGUAGUAUUUUGCAAUACAUUUGUUAUAGAAAUUCAUUUUGUUAUUCAAAAAAAUAUGCCUUCUAAUUUAUUGCGGAAGUCUUAUACUGAGUUGCACUUUUGUUGUUUCUUUUUUCACUAACCUAUAAUAUAUUUUCAAAUAAAUUGCCCCGUCUAAUAUGUUGUACGGCAUAUGUUGUUUUAAAAUCAUUUACAAAUGCUUAAAUGUACAUAAAUGUGUACAUAUGUACAUGAAUCACAUAUGUAUAUAAAUAUGAAUCCCUAGUAAUCCAAUGUUAUUGAAAAUAUAUACAUACAUAUACUCCAAAUAAGUGUAAAAUGUCCAUGUUAUCUACGAUUAUAAACAAAAUAGGUGGAUUGAACAGAAAAUUCAAUAAUUUCAUUCGAUAUUUUUUCGAAUGUAUUGAGAUCUUAAAUGGAAAUAUGUAUAUUCAUACAUAUUCGAUAUAGAAUGAAGAGCAGUAAUCCUUAGUAUAUAUUGAUUCUCCGCUUAUGCAAUUGUUUGUUGUACAUAAAUAUAUAUAUUUUUUUGCUAAUACUUAAACUAGGAAAUCUUUGUGCAGACUUUGAACAAAAACUUACGAAUAAAAACAUAGACAAAAAAGUUAAUUGGAAUAAAAAAAAUAUAAAUAAAAUUAAAAUUGAAUAAUAAAUAAAAAAACAUAAAAAAUGUAAACACAAGCGCCAAGGAAUUGUCUAAUAAUAUGUUUAAAAGUUAUUUGUAUUUUGUAUAAGUGACUGUAAGUUAAAAUAUAAAAUUAUUGUUUGUAUAUACAAGUGUAUAUACAUUUGCCGUGCAAACGUUAGAUUCAGUUCCACUGCAAAGGUGGAGUUGCAACGUUCUAAGCGAUGAAAUAUGCAACAAAAAGUAUUUUAUAUAAAGUAAAUAUGUAUAUGCGUAAUUAAUAAACAAAUCAUAAUCAACACUAUUAUUCACGCUGAAACCCCAAAUUUUAAUAUUACCUGUAAUAUAUGUAUGUAUGUCAAAUUGCUGAUUAUACGUAUUUCUAACAUAGAAAAACUUCCCAUAAAUACUUAAAUAGUUGUUCAGUGCCCGUGAACGCGUAAAUUUGCUGAUUGAUUGAUUUUGUUGACGAUAUCUUAUGACACAUAAACGGUAUACUUAAACUCUGAAAGUUUAAUACCCUUUAAUUUCAUUUAUACGUUGGCAAUCAGUGCAUCAUUGGUGCCCGCAGCCAAAAUUAUUCCACAUAAUCCACAGGUGUCAAUGCAACGACGGACAUCUGAGGUGCUCUUAAGUGGAAAGUGGAUAUUAUAAGAUGAUAUCUCUAUACAUAUGUAAGUGUGUAUAUAGUACAAAUUUUUUGUUAAGAAAAAUAUUUUUCCAUAGAAAAGGCUAUUCAUAAUUUCUACAACCAAAAUAUUAGAAAUACAUAGAAUUAAAAUUUUUAAUAAAAAACAAAGGCAAGACAAGACAUAAAAAUGGACUUCCAGAACAUCCAGUAAUUAAAAAUGUAAAAUAUUUAAGAGCAUUGAGAUAUUUCCUAUGCAAUCACCGGCGAUACACCGACAGCCACCGUGUUAAAUUCAAUUUUUUUUCCAGAUUAGCUAUCUCUAGGAGUAGUAUUAUUUUUUAUCUAUUAUCAAGUAUAAAUGUAAAAAUAUGUACAUACAUAUUUAUAUAAAUAUAAAUAUGCAAAUCAUACCACGUGUUGAGACUUGUUGACUUCGAUAAUCGAUAACAAAAGCGUUUUCUGUUGUAAUCCAAACGGUUGAACCCGAUUUUGAAUACUCAGCCAUAGCAAACGAGAAAGUACAAUUAUGAUAAAAAAUGACAAUUUUUGUACCUUCUUUCUAUAUUAUAUUAUAUUUUUAAAUUUAUUACAAAUAUAUUUUAUUUUUGAAAAUAAAAUAUGUUAAAACCGAAUAUUUUGACCAAUAUAAAAUUAUUAUAUUUAUAUUUCAUUAAACUAGUUCAAAAUGUUUACUGCGGCAGCCUUUAUAACUGAAAAUUAACUGUCGACCCUUAAAUCUUUAAUUUUUGUUUUAGUAUAGUCAUAUAAGACAUUCGUAGACUAUCAGCUGUAGAGCAACGGUAUAUAGUACAUAUGUACAUAUGUAUUAUAUUUAUGCACAGCACUUCUUCGUUUACAUCAAGCCUCAAACAACUAACAAAAGUGGAAGAACUGUUUAUAUGUAUAUGUAUCUAUGUACAUACACGUAUGUAUGUAUAUUUAUGCAUGUCCUUUUGUAGCUACAUGAAUGUUUGCACAUACUUAUGUAUGUAAAUAUUUUAUUCAUUAAAUAAGCAUUAAAAAUUGAACCUGGUAUGCAACUGAUGAUAUAUCAUGUUUGUAUCUAUGUAUGAUGUUAUGACAGUUAUAGAAUAUAUGAUGUACAAAUAAAUAUAUGUACAUAUGCUUUCCGAUUUAUUCAACUACAAUCAUUUGUUGAAGGCUAGACAAAUAGUAAGAACGAUACGCACAGAAAAAUAAAAUAUAUGUAUGCACAUAAGUAUGUACAUAUGUAUGUACGUAUGUAUGUAUUUAGUUCUUCGGAACAUAUGUGCACAUUAUACAAAAUACAACAAUAGAAAUAAGCAGUAUUAAAAUUGAUUAAAAGUAUGUGUUUAAUUUAAAAAAAACGGUUAAAAAUACAACCGUCAUAACGGAACACAUACCGUUGUCAUCAAUACGAAUACUAGAAAUGACAGAGGAAGCUGUGUCAAAGGUCUGUCACAGCGUUAGCACAAAAUCAUAAUAAUAUUAUUACAUAUUUUGCUACUACAAUUAUACAGUGGUGUGUAAAAUUUAAACACCACUAGUAGACUAACGGGAUCUCCUGAGCAUGGGAUAUUUGAAAAUUAUUUUCCAGUGGAAACUUCAACACUUUGGUGCAUAAGUGAGUAAACUAAACUAAAGUACAUACAUUUCAACAAUAUUUGAAAACCACUACGAAGAAAUAGAUGUUAGAGUUAUUUUGGUAUGUAUUAUUGCAAAUGCAGAAUUCGUUAUUGCCGUAAUUGUUGGCGUAAUGUAUCUUAAAAUCAAUAAAGUAAUUUAAAUGAAGAACAGCA